AUGCCCGGUUCGUCCAUCCGCGAUACCUCCCCGGCCUCGGUCUCCUCCUCUCCCCAGGGGAAAGGCCGCAGCAAACGAAAGCAGAAGCUUACUGGAGGUGAUGGGCCAGGUCCAAAGAAGAAGGACAAGAAUGCCAAAGAUAGUGGUGGAGUGGUCGCGGCGGUGACAAGACAUGGAGCUAAGUUCUCUAAUGGCAGCACUGCUAAAGACGCCGCUCCACCCCCUGAGUCACCUCCGCCUCAGUCCCCGGAGCUGAAGCCUGCUUCUCCUGCCUCAAUCCCGACAAACGGCCGGUCCGCACCGUCUCCGCUAUUAGAUGCCGCCUCGACAACGUCCGUCUCUGCGAGCACGGCACCGAGUGCUAAUGACUGGGCCAAGGCGAUGGGACCCCUUGCCGGCUCACCAUCAAACCUCAUCAGCAUCAUGGGUGACUCUCCACCUACACAACCAUCUUCGUAUGAAGACCCAAGGGCUAUGCAAUAUGCCUGGAGUGCGCAGCAGCAACAGCGGCACUAUGUUAAUAACAAUGCAUACUCGGCGUCGCCUCCGAACGGCAGCAGACGACCCUUGAGCUUUCAGAUGGACCAUUACCCUGUUAGUGACAUUCGCUCUCAAGCAUCAUCGCCUCCGGGUAUACGAAGAAGCUCGAUGCACUCGCCUUUCGCACUGCCUCGGGGUGGACCGCAACCCCCUUUGCCUCACCAGGCCCAACCUCAUUUCUUCGGAGCUCCAGAGGUUGACUUCGACUUACACCCCAAAACUGGUCUGAAGGCGGGAGAAAGAGGCUUCUUCUUCGGGUUCGACACGCUCCCAAGGCUAAAUGGCGCUCACAUGCCCGGUGGCGACAACGUCGCACUCGCAGGCUACGAGGGCGGUCUUGACAUCUAUAGUGUCGGUAAGCGUGGUGUAGAGCCAAUCGCUAGCUUGAAAGGGCUGCGAGGUGGUGUCUACAACGCCAAGAUACUGCCGUGGAACGGUAUCUCGGACCCAUACGGCAAUUUUCCUCUGGUUGCUGUCGUUGUCCAUGGGCCAGUUCCUCCGCCUAUCGCCCCUGAAAUUGCGAUCGAGUCGCACUUUGACAACGCCUCUAGCCCUAGGCUCGAAGGUAUUAGCCCGCCGCAGUCAGAGUCCAACCAGAGGCAGGUCAACAUUGGGAAAGCAGUGCCGAUUAUUGAGGCUUACCAGACAUCGGUCGAGGUGUAUUCGUUGGCCACGAACAGACUGAUCGAUGUUUUACUGCAAGCGCCGAAGACUCCUAUAAAAGCUUCUGUGUCGAAUCCCAUCUUCCAAAGUCCUCCGCCCAGUGGUGCCUUUCAGGUUCGCGCUGACGAUGGAAGCGUUGUUGUUUCUUCAGGAACGACGGGCGAGUGCUGGGUCUAUCGGCAAGCGAGUUACGAGCAAGAGCCUGGUUACCAAUUCCGCUGUGUAGGCAAGUUGUGGACGAGCUUGCAACAAGGACUUAGAGGCGAUCCAACCUCGGAAGAGGAAGGAAGUCAAAACCCGAUCCCUCCACGGAAGCGUCCGCAGAUGCCCAUUUUUUCUGUCAACGGCAGAUGGCUAGCGUAUUGCCCGCCAGCUCCUUCAUCUCAGAUUGCGUUGAACGCGUCUAUCCCAGUGCCACUGGAAGGCAAAGCACCGGGGCUGGCGACGCUCACUUCGCCAGUGUUACCGAACGAGAGUUCCGAUGUCGACCAGCCCAUAUCUGAUGGUGUUAUGAACCGCAUCAUGAGGGAAACCACUCAAGAAUUCAUACAAGGAGCACGCUGGGUUGGUAAACAAGGCAUGCAGCUCUGGAGUAAUUACUGGAAACCUGGCCAGCAACCAUCGACUCGACAGCCCCCCGCAGGCUCACCUCCUUGGGGACCAAGUUAUCCUGGACGAUCAGACGCCUCCCAAUUUCCUCCGACGUACGGCAUAUCUGGCCAAGCGGUGACCAAAGAACCAGGCCUAGUAUCAAUCAUUGAUCUGCAAAGCCUAGCCAACUCGGCUGCAAUCCAUCAUGUUACUACCUUCAAGGCACCACUGGGCUGUAGCUUCCUGUCGUUUCCUCCCACAGGUCUUUCGCUAUUCACUGCCAGCAGUAAAGGCGACGUACAGACGGUCUGGGACCUGAUGCGUAUCCAGUACACGAAGUCAUCGCCGCUGCAAAGCUCAUUGCCGAACAAUGGUCAUACUACACGGGUCAGACAAGUCGCCCAGUUUUCGCGUAUGACCGUCGCUCGCAUAGUGGAUGUUGCGUGGGCAAAGCCAAACGGAGGGCGGGCUGCGAUGGUGACCGAGAGAGGCACUGUUCACCUACUAGAUAUGCCGCCGAGCGCAUAUAGCUGGCCUCCUCCACGCCGACGGAGUAAUGCUCCAGAAGGCGCGGUUGGAGGUUCGGAAAGCACACCUACUUCUGCGGUAUCUAUGGCGUCAAACGCUUUAAGCUCUGCCUAUGGUGCCACGCGGCCCUUGAUCAACCGUCAGCACCGCAGCAACUCCAAUUCACAGGCAGCGCCGUCGACUAUCAAAGACCACGCAAGCUACGGAGGCAAGGUCCUAGCCGCAGGAAUUAGUCAUUCCUUAGGCAAUGCCGGCAGUGCCAUCAACCAGCUGCGUCACACCGGAGAGAAUCGCGUCAGUCUGCCAGUCCGAAAUAUGUCACCUGCACCGUCUUGUGCGAUAUGGAUCACGGGCAAGAAGAAUGACUCCUUGUUUGUGGUAGGAGAUGGGCUGGUCAGAACCUUCCCGGCCAAGACCCGUAAGCCGGUCCCUGGAAAGGACAAAUCCCGUUUUCCCCGAGGCAGCAGGUACAAGGAUUUCAAGUUGAAGAACUUACCCGGCGACCUAAUUGCGCCAGCGAUCAACCAUAUCAUUGACCCCAUUGAUGAUCUCGACAUUACCAACCAAGACAACGACGGCGGUAAUACUCUGGUCCUUCAUUCUCGACCACGAUCUGCCGAAUCUGAGCACAGCCCCGAGGCUUCGAUCCCGCAAGCCGAGAUAGAGUCUAGUGCUCCUUACCAGCCAUUCCAUACCGACAGACGAGUUGGCCUUUACGUACACGGUGCCGAACCUGGCGGCACUUCGCCAUCGACUGUAGCUCGGCAUCUCGAAUCGGCGAGCUUGGACGAUACACCAAAGCGCAGUAAACGGCACCAGCCAAAGACAGCAGCGAAGCAAGCGUGGGCUUUCGGGCAUGUCAUCAGCGCAGUCAAGCUGGACGUAGGCCUGCCAAGCUUGAUAGACGAAGACAUCAGCAACAGCAUCGACGAUCAUCGGGCCCUGCCUGUCUCGGCUAUGGAACGAGUCUUGCAGGUUGGUGACAACGAUGAGCAAAUAGUGGUGACAACUCGUCGACGCCGCGGCGGAACUCGGCCCUCGGAGGCCGAGGAAGACGGGUUCUUCGAGGAUGACUGUGAAGUGCUGGAUUUUGCUGACCAGAGGGUCUGA